UAUGCACUUAAAGGUGUGCGAGAAACAGUUUGAGCGUCAUGUGGAGACAGAGCGCUUUAUUGGUGUUCCUGUUAUUACUAGUCCACCAAAUUUGUGCAACCAAUGAGCAAGAGCAUGCUUGCCCCCCUUCUUCCUGUGGCAAAAUCACCAACAUAACUUAUCCAUUUCGAUUAAGAGGCGACCCAAAAGGUUGCGGUGACAACAGGUAUGAGCUAGCUUGUGAAAACAAUGUUACGGUGUUAUAUUCGUACUCUGGAAAAUAUCAUGUGCAGGCUAUCAACUACAACAAUUUCACAAUCCGUGUGGUGGAUCCGGGUGUUCAACAGCCAAAUUGCUCCUCCCUUCCUCGCUACUUCUUGUCUCCAACCAAUUUCAGUGAUAGUGAUAAUUUUUACUUGGAUCGAUACCAAAUUCAAAAUCGAUGUUAUCCUUGGAAGCGCGCUUUCCAGAAGCAUAUAAUUUUCUUAAAUUGUAGGCAUGCAGUGAUUGACAAUGAGAAGUAUGUGGAAACUGAUCCUUGCAUCAAGUGGCACUCCAAAGGGUACAUAUACGCUAUUGCUGGUGACUUAAUAGCAAAGGACUUUGAAGUUGGUUGUGAGGUAAAGCUGGUUGCUCCCACAUCAUGGUGGGGUUUGGAUACAAAUAAUUCUUCAUACACUCAGAUGCACAGAGCGCUUCUCUAUGGAUUUGAGCUUUCAUGGAUCAAUCUCGCCUGUGUCGAUCAGUGUGGAAAUCCCGACUGCGCAUUUGACGCUUACAGUCAGAAGCUUCAAUGCUCCAUGUACUUCUGCCGCAAUUUCCUGGGGGGACGGCGGUACUUUAUUGAAGGUGCUAAAGGGAUAAGGUCCAGGCUGCUAUCCUUUGCAGUAGAAGCCAUUUUUUAUGUCAUAUCAGGAUUGUCUAAAACUAUAAGAGGACCAAACCCAGAACUUGAACGUGAAAUCGGUGCCUAUGACUCAAUAUUUAUUAUCUUUGGACACUACAUUCUACCAUUCUUGGCAGACAAGUUUUUGUUUGGGAUGACAUUGUUUAUUGUGCUUUUGAUAUACAAAUGGAGAAAAAGGCAUUUGUCAAUAUAUGAAAAUAUUGAAAAUUAUCUGGAACAAAAUAACUUGAUGCCUAUUGGAUACUCAUACAAAUAAAUUAAGAAGAUGGCUAGAGGUUUCAAAGACAAAUUGGGUGAAGGAGGCUAUGGCUUUGUAUUCAAGGGAAAGUUGCGUAGUGGGCCUUCUGUGGCAAUUAAAAUGCUACAUAAAGCAAAAGGUAGCGGCCAAGACUUUAUUAGUGAAAUUGCAACCAUUGGAAGAAUACAUCAUCAAAAUGUAGUACAAUUAAUUGGAUAUUGUGUUGAAGGCUCAAAAC